CACAUUCAAUUCCGCCACUCUCAUACCUGGCCUCAUCCCAUCGUCACCACCAACCACAACCCACCACCGGCUCUCAUCAUCUUGACUCUGAUCUCGGCCCCCGUUCGGGUUUGUCCGUCUGUCUGGCUCCCUCGACCGACCGGAUCUGCUCCUCCCCCCCCUUCCAUUCCGACCCGCCUCCACCUACACUGCCCCCCUCGGUCCCCGGCCCUUGGUCGCCUCAGAUCGCACUCCCGUUUCCGUCCGGCCACUUGCCUCGCUUCCCUUCUCCCGCACACCAAUCUCACCUCGACUGCCUCCGGCUUUCGUUAGAGCUCCUCUCGCCAUCUCUCUCACCAUGCAAAUCGAUGACUCGCUGAGGCCCCAUCUGGCCCCGUCAAACGACUGUUUCGCCCUGCCUCCCAGCUCCUUCCAACCGCAGUUCCUCGUGCCAGUUCCGAAUUCACAGAAAGAUAUCGCUGCGGACCUGGGCAAAAGCAUCUCCCCGCCGUCGCAAGAGCCCCGGCUAAGCCGCUCGUACGAAUCUGCUGCAUCCGCUCGCACUCUCUCGUCCUCCGGAACCACGCUCGUCUCGGCACCCUCGGCAAAGUUCGAUGCUACCUUCCAUAUCGCCGACUAUGUCACCUACGUUAUCCAUCGCAUCUGGUUCCCGACAAAGCCCGCUGUCGAGCUGCCCGGCAAGCUGGUCCACACCAUCCAUCGGCUCAUCACCAUACCCAACGUGCCCGAGGCCUCGCCACACCACAUCAACUUCUCGCUGCAUCUGCUUACGCGCCUCAAGCAGCUCAAGCCCUCGGCUACCUUCACCGCCAAGCUCUUUCUGAUCGCCCUGAUCGUCUCGCACAAAUUCCUGACCGAUCUGACCCUGCGCAACUCGUCAUGGGCCAAGCGGGCCAACGUCCAUGUCGACGAAAUCAACCGCGGCGAGAUGGCCUUCCUGGCCGAUCUGAAUUACAAUCUCUUUGGCGAGCCACACUUUUACCAGUCGUGGCUGCUGACCCUCCGCAGCCUCAAGGAAGACUGGAUGAUCGAGCGGCUCUCGCCCCAUCGCCAACUCAGCAUUCGAAGCGCCUCCACACCGCUCUUCACCACCCCACCGGCCCCGGUCUCCUCACGGUCCUAUCCGCCGCCCAUCCCGGUCACCAGCGGCGCUGCAUCGUCAUCGACAGGCUUCCUGCUGCCUCCGAGUGCCACUCGAGUCAUCACAGCGUCGCCGGGCGAGGUGGCCGUCUCCCCCGGGGAAAUCGCGGUCUCCCCAGCAGCCAUCUCCCCGGGCGAGUCCUCUGCCGCCAACCCAUCGCAUUCGAUGCAGUCAACGCUGUCGGUGCCGUCAAUAGCGAUUCCAGCAAUCCAAGUCACUGUUCCUUUGAAUUCCAUCAAUCCGGAUGUCGACAUGUCCUUCUACCCGAAACCCGACCUGGCCUUUACAAAGUCCGACUCGGACACGACCCUUCUUCCGCCAUCGCCAGCGCGGACGGCGUCCAGCACUACCACCGGCGGUGGGAAUUCGGAUUUGGCCACCAUGAUGGAUCUGGAGAUGGAGGAGCCGACACCCAAGGUUCCGCGGCGGUUCUUUACUGUUCAAUAGCCCACUCACGCCCGGCCGCUUCCACACAGCAAACUCGCCUCUCUCUCGCUCCUCCUUCUUUGUCAAUCUCACCCUGUUCAUUCUCAGACUCAAGCCUCCCGUCCAAGCCUGUACU